AUGGAAGAUUGCAGACUGUCAACGGAUCUGGUGGUUGAUAUUUUAUCCAGAUUACCAGUAAAGUCUCUUAUGCGAUUUAAGUGUGUUUGUAAAUUUUUCUAUGAUUUAAUAACAAGUGAUCGCCACUUCAUGGACACACACUAUGGAAUUCGCAAAGCAAAAACCGAUUGUGUUCUUUUAGAGGCUGGUUUGGUUGUUAGAGAAUAUUAUUUGCUUUACAAAGAAUCUUCUGAGAUUGAAUGCAUAUACUUAGACAUCCCACCAACCACAAGAGUGCAAUGGGUUAAGUGUUGUCAAGGUAUGUUAUGUUUGAUUUCGCCCAGGAAUGAAAUUACUUAUAAACUUGAUCAUGGUGAUUACCUUAUUUAUGAUAUUUGGAUAUGUAACCCAUCCAUUAAGAAAGUUAAAGCCUUACCCUCUCUUACUGUCCCUUACCGACUACCUUAUGAUGCAUUUGUUCGUAAUGAAUUUGGGUUUGGAAUUUCUAACGACAUGACUUUGAAGGUUGUCAUGCUAUUAGAAAUUUAUUCUUUAGAUGAUGGUGGUAGAAUUCCUCACCAAAUGACACUAGUUUAUAGCCAAGUUGGUGGUGAAUCUUGGAGUUUGAGACAGAUUAAUAAUUCAGUUACAUCUUGUUGCGAUAUUGAGGGUGCGAACAAUGAUUUUUAUUUGAAAGGGAGGUACUAUUGGCGAGCUGAAAGGGUCUAUGAUGGAUACGGUCGAUACUUGAUUUGGUUUGACAUGAAUUGUGAGGUGUUUGGGACGAUUGAGUUGCCAGUUGUUAGUAUCUAUUCAGUCUCAAUAAUGAAUGAGACUAUUGCUUUACUCGGAUAUUCUGGUAAGGACGAUUGGGAUUUUAGUUGCAUUGAGAUUUUGUUAAUGAUGGAAGAUGACAACAAUACUUAUUGGAAUAAAAAAUCAAACAUAGAUUGUGUUGUAAACGUAGAUAAUAAUGAAUCUUGGAGACCAAUAGGAAUUUGGAAUUUGGAUGGUGAAUUGCUUGUAUUUAUAGACCAUAGAAAUGAUUGGGAUUCGGAUCAUUCGGAUCCGGAUCAUGCACAUGAUGUAAGAGGUGUACCAUACUUCAUAUCUCUGGAUUUGGUAACUCAAGAACGGAAGAUGUUCUCCUUAAGUAAACAAAGGAAAAGUAUUACUAUAGCUUCAAAUUCAACUGCAGAUUUUUAA